CGUGAAUCAAUACGUCAUUCGACCAAGGGACGGGGGCGGCAGCUACAACUCGUCACGAUCAUUCGUUCAUAUAGCGACUUCUGAGAUUUCUACCCACUAUCGUAUUGUCUUUUUUCUUUGACGAUUUCACAACCCACAUCCACCUAAUUAUUACCAUAAAUCUCUCUUCCCUAAACACAGGGUGACCUAGGCCCAGAAGGACAUUCUACGAUUUGUUCGCCUUUCACAUUAUCUACCUACACAUACCACCUGAUAUACAUACACAACACAAAUCAAGAUGUCAUACGCCGCCGCAGUCGCAUCUGGUCCUAAGCAAACGCCCGAAGAGGCCGCUGCUCCCCAACCCCCGGAGAUUAUCUCUUCCGAAUCAGCAAGCACCGCAUCCCUCGUUGACGUCGACACACCCUCGGUCCGCACAGUACCAUCGGAUUUUAUGGAGCAGGACGUCAAGACCGAAACACAAGCUACUCGUCAAGAGCUCGAAGAUGCGGCCGAGCGCGCUCGCGCCGAGGCCCAUCUCGCCAAGAAGAAGGGUUCCGGAAGGGUGCGCAAAGCAGAUAGUGUUCUGACUCAGUGGUUUAGUGAUUUGAGCGACAAUGCCACCACUGCCUUGGUCGUCUCUAACUUGACUGCUGUUAUCGGUCUCAGCGCGUACUUGGGCUACAAGGCUUGGGGCUUAUAUGAGCGUGGACGGUUAGGUUGGAAACCCGUUGGCCUUGGUGUCGGUAUUCUAGGCGGCGUGGGCCUCAUAGAAGGUAUCCUGGGAGGUUACCUCUACAAAGGGAAGAAAAAGCAGUCGUAGAUGACUUUCUAGUACGAUGUCAGUUGUCCUAAUCGGUCGUCUUCACGCGUUAUGAGGUUCAGGGGUGGCGAUUAUCGGCAACACAAGGUUCUCUGCUCAUAGUUUAUUCCAGCCGAGUUGUUUUUAGUACGACUUCCUUAUAUGACUUGUUCGUAUUCUAUGCUCCUUACACGAGCCUCCCACACCUUAUAUCGAAUAUGCUUAAACUCGAGGUUUCAUUCGUUCCUAGGAAGAGGUGAAUACUAGUCGAUUUGAGUUAGUCUACGCCCUUCUAACAUUAUUCCCGGUGAUGGCGUCAGGCGUAACGUAAGCCCUUUGCUAGAUCUCCGUGACGAUAAGACAAGACGUUAGAG